UUUAAAAAUCACACCAAUCGCAACUGCCCAGACACACAGGGUCAAGGUCUACCAUCAGCGCGCGCGACGACAUUGCGACACAGGAGGAUUUACCAGGUGGGCGACGGCGUGACACUUUUACCUGCACGGUGCUUGACGGCGGACGAACUUCGUGAACGACUCGAUCGACGACAUGGCGAGCAGCAAGAAAGGCGGAAAGACAGAAGACGUGUAUUUGAAUGCCUUCAAACAGUUCGACAAGAAUGGUGACGGCUACAUCAGCCUGCGGGAGAUGAGGGAAGUGCUGACUGCGGCGAACAGCAAACUUACUGACGCACAGAUAUAUGAGUUCUUUAUGUACAACGACUCAGACAAAGACCAAAAAGUCUCCUUCGAAGAGUUUGUGGCUGGAGUCAAGAAGAUCAUUGAAUUCGUGGAGAAUGCAAGGGAAUUCUUCAAGCAGAUGGAUACAAGCGGUGACGGUUACCUGGACAAGAAGGAGUUACGGGAGCUGCUAAAUCGCUGCGGCCAAAAGCUACCCGAAGAGGACCUGAACAAAAUAUUGCAAGAGGCUGACAAGAACCGCGACAACAAAAUCUCAUUUGACGAAUUCAUCGAAGCUUGCACGUAAGCGGAGCAAGGAGAAUAUCAAGAAGACUGGCAGCACCUUCCUUAUUCUCAACGAUAAAACAAAUGUGUUUAUAGCCUCAGACCAAUUUUUGCCUAUAUAUUUUUUAAUACUGAAUUUUAUAUACUUGUUGUUUUUUUUUUGUUGUUUUUUGCGUCUAGAAAAUUCGGCAACCAUCCUGGAACCUUUUAAUUUCUAAUGUUUUUUAAAUGAUAUCGGGUCAUUUUAAAUAUGAUUGGGUUAGUAAGAGAAUUUAGUUUGUUACGGACCGUUGUCAGCAAGCAACUUAGAUGGGAUUGAUUGAACAGAACAAUACAAUGUCUUAAAACAAAAUCGACAAACUACUGGCAAAACCAUAGUAGGAGGUUGAUGGGGGAGUCGCAAGAUUCUAUUCAUCCAUAAUAUUCAGCAGCCAGGGGUAUAUACUGGCAGCAUCACCGUUUUCAGUAUUGUAGCAAACAAUUUUACGAUUUGGGGCAAGGAGGGGGUAAAGAGCACAGACCUAGCAUCACUUGAGACUGAGUUGCCGUAGUUGCAGGAGGGCCCAGUAGCUCGGAGGCAGGACAAACUUCUGCCUUAAGGGUACUGCCCUCGGUGUUGUAGAGUGUAGACAUCUGUAGAGACAGAGCAAACCUGUAUGUCAAAUCGACAAAUCGUGUCUACAACUGUUCAUUUCUACCGCCAAUGUCACAGCCGAUAAUUUUUUUUAAAUAUAAUAUCUUUUCUCUGUAUUUUAAUAGUAGUGGAGAUCUUUUGCUACUCUUCUACGUUAGUCGUUGGCAGUCGCCGUUGAUCUCUAAUAGCCUCGUACUGCAACAUUUUUCACUGUUGACAUUUUCCCCCCGAAAUAGCACUCUGCUUUUUACCUGAGCAAUGUUUUUCAACUUUUUCAUGUUUGUAUGCUUAACAAAAUAUUUUUACCUUUACUUGAACUCAGAUUUUUUUGGCGCCCUGUGAGGCCAACCUGUUAAUUCAUUUCAUUUCUUUGUAUUCAUCGGGUCUUUGCGUACCGUUUGCUCUGCUUUAGCUGCAUUUUCAUGAUGCUUAACAUCAUUUAAUCUUUCAAAAUUAAAAAUUUUGCCUUUACU